GCAACACAAUCACAUUUCUUUUAAGCGACAGGGUGUCUAGACACACACGUGACCGGGCGCGUCAAUGCGCACUGGAGACUGGAGACGGAGCAAGGGCACCUAAACCAUCCGCCUCAUUUUCAGACACGGAGACGUCCUCCAACCCCCCGCUCCACAUCGCUCGCUCGCUGCUCUUCCACGCGUUUUGACGCGGAAACUUCGUGUGAGAUUACGAGCUUGGAUCGUUUGUAUUUUCUCGUGUUUUAAAGGGGAUUCGGCCACUAAAACAGGCUGCGAGGCUCGGUGCGUGGACGUAGCCCGAGGGUCUCUCGCUCUCUCGCUCUCUCUCUCUUUCAUUUGCUCCCCCCUCCUCCUUCCCUCCCUCCCUCUCUCUCUCUCUCUCUACUCAAACGCGUCUCAACUGUAGGUUUGUACAGAUUCAGUCCUGGAUUUGAUCCCCAGCUCUUUGGACGAGACUCGCUCCUGGCAGCAGAAACACAUCCUCUGCACAGUCACACGGUAACGGAUGAGGGAAAAAAGAACAGAAAAGAAGAACAAGCCUGGUGGAGAGACAGACAGACAGACAGACAGACACAGAGAGAGAGUGUCCUACACUCUGUUCAAGUCGGAUCAAGGAUUUUGUGGAUUAAUGUUCUUGAAGACGUGGCGGCGAGCCUCGGUUUUCAUGGGAUAACAGUGAUAGGCGUAAUCAGGCCCCGGUCAGUCUGCUUCCACCGCGGCUCACAGGAGAAGGAGAAGAAGAAGAUCAUUAAGAUGUGUUGACAAUAUUUUUUACAGGCUCUGCUGAAGAAAAAGAACCCGACCCAGGGUGUUGUUUUAAAGGGGUCACAUCACCACACAGAGCCAGUCUGCACAUCAUCACCAAGUGAUUUCCAACACAUUCGUGGUUCCAUGCGUCUGUGGCUCCUUCCCCCGCCGCCUCACAGGAGUCCAGGCUGCUGGAUUCAGUCUUAAUCGCCCCCCGGGGGUUGAUGGUUGUUUCGCCGACAGAGGACACGCUGACUGUCCCGUGAACCUCCACUGCUGUUUCUGUGAUAUCGAGGCUGUAGGAGAAGGCGACAGAGACUGGCGCAUGCUACAGAUUUCCUCUGCUUAUCCAGCUCCCGGUUUCUCCUCCGUAUUUUCUCAGGCUGCUUGUCACCGCCUGGACUCGGAUCCCGGAAUCUUCAUGAUUUGCGGACACCAUGCUCGUUUUUUAGCCGGGGAAACCUCUUUUCGUCCCGCAUGUUUAGGACCAAACGGUCGGGGCUCAUCCGGCGACUCUGGAGGAGCCGUGCGCCCGUGGAGGGCGACGGGGAGACGGACAGAGGGACGCAUGGCUCCGGGGGCUGCUGCAUGGGCAAAGCGACAAAGGUGGCCAAGUCCAACGCCGGGUCCGAGGCCGAACUGAAGGCGUUGACCCACUCGAUACUGAAAAAGAUCAAAGAGAAACAUUUAGAGGUGCUUUUGCAGGCGGUGGAGUCCAAGGGGGGAGCCCGGAGCCCCUGUCUGCUCCUGCCCAGCAAAGUGGACGCCAAAGUGGGUCAACAGUCUUACUCUCUCCCCAUGCUGCUCUACAAAGUGUUCAGGUGGCCUGACCUCAGGCAUUCCUCGGAGCUGAAGAGGCUGUCUUGCUGUGAAUCCUACGGGAAAAUCAACCCAGAGCUCGUUUGCUGCAACCCGCACCACAUGAGCAGACUGUGUGAACUCGAGUCUCCUCCUCCUCCAUAUUCCCGCUAUCCCAUGGACUAUCUUAAACCACCAGAUUCUCCAGACUCUGGACCUUCAUCCAGUGAAACUGGGGGAACAACAUACUCGGCCCCUAUGGGGCUUUCAGAUUCCUUGGCAAUGCAGGAGUCUGGUGAGCGGGCCCAUUGGUGCGUGGUGGCAUACUGGGAGGAGAAGACACGUGUCGGGCGCCUCUACUCAGUCCAGGAGCCCUCUCUGGACAUCUUCUAUGAUCUACCUCAGGGGAACGGCUUCUGCCUGGGUCAGCUCUGCUCCGAUAACAAGUCCCAGCUGGUGCAGAUGGUGCGGGCCAAGAUUGGCUAUGGCAUCCAGCUGACGCGUGAGCCGGACGGGGUGUGGGUCUACAACCGCAGCUGCUACCCCAUCUUCAUUAAGUCGGCCACACUGGACAACCCGGACUCGCGCACACUGCUGGUGCACAAGGUGUUCCCCGGUUUCUCCAUCAAAGCUUUUGACUAUGACAAGGCCAUCAGCCUGCAGAGGCCGAACGACCACGAGUUCACUCAGCAGCCUCGCACGGGCUUCACGGUGCAGAUAAGCUUUGUGAAAGGCUGGGGACAGUGCUACACCAGACAGUUCAUCAGUAGCUGCCCGUGCUGGUUGGAAGUCAUCUUCAACACCCGAUAGCAAGAGCCUUCCUCUUCUUCACCCGCCUGGCCUCUUCUGUCCCCCAUCACAAACAGACUACAUCUACUUUACCUUUUUUUUUUUUUAGUUCCAGACGUUCAAAGAUAGAAAAAAAGGUUUGAAGAAGAAGAAGAAGAAGAAAGUAUAAGACUCUGACGGACUUUGUUUGAUAAACGACAAAGAUUUAAUUGAAUAAAAAUAAGAAGCGAAAAAUGUAUUUUAUGUUAUAUAAAUAUAUUAUUAAUUGUAAAUAUGAAGACGUUUUAUAUGCAUCAUUAUUUAUGUAUUGUGCAAUGUGUUGAUGAGAAAAGUAAAUAAGAUGCACUUUGCUUAAUAUAAAUGCAAAACAAAGAAAUGCCAAAAUUAAAAAAAAAAAUGUACAAAUAAUAUUUUUGUCAUCUUGGUCUUUGAUUUUCCUUUUCGAUUUGUGUUGGUUUAUGUGACAGGAUCCAGGAAAAACACAUUGAGAUGUCGUUUUGGCGAAGAAACGAAAGCAAAUUAUAAGCAAAGUUAACACUGGUCACUGAAGAAUGUCAAGGAUGGACAGUGAAAGCUUUUCCCUGCAAGACAUGAGUCACAGUGCGACACAGUCAUAAUUCAGUGUCUCUGCUCUUUCAGGCUCAUUAUGCCUUUCAAACAGCGCCAGUUUUCCCUGAGUUAUUUUGGGAUGAAUG